CGCUGCCAUACCCGCCUUCUGUCUGUCAGCCGUUAGACGCGCAAAGAGUUGGUUAUCCUCCUGCUUCCUAACGGAUGAUGCGAGACGUGAGCGCUCGUUUCAAGUACAGCGAGCGCGAGUUCCGGGCGCAGCAGCAGCACAAGGCCGCAAGUCUCAGCGGCAACAGCAGCGGCGAUGACUCGGAAAAUAAGCCGCCGCCUGCAGACGCUAAUGCCGCUCAUAGCACCUGCGAAGGCAUGACCGAUGCCUGUCCGUCUCGCGAGCUCAUCCACAGCCACAUUCGAAGAUACUAUCGCGAAGUAGACACUACCGCCAAGGCCGCGGCUGAUUGGGACUCCGUAAGUGCUCGCAUCCGCAAAGACCUUGCCCCCUUUACAGUGCUUAAACUAGGCGGCUUCUCGCUGGGCGACGCCUGUACCCGAGUGCUGGGAGACGUACUGGCUCAUGGCGCCUCUAGAUUGCGCACGCUGGAUCUCGGCUUCAACCGACUGACAGACACGGGUGCGACACACUUGGCUGAGGCGCUAGAGACCAACACGUCACUCGAGAGUUUGUAUCUUUCCGGAAAUGAAAUCGGACCAGCAGGAGCGCGAGCGCUGGCACAGGCGCUGAUAAAGAACACGCAUCUACGCAGUCUGCACCUUAGUGGGAAUAAUAUUGGCGAAGAAGGCGCUCGUGUUUUGGCAGAUGGAAUUGCAGGCAACACAUCACUCAGAGCGCUCUAUAUGGGCACGAACGGCAUCGGUGCCACCGGAAUGCAGAGUCUAGCUACAGCCUUAACACAUAACAAGUCCCUGGAGGAGCUUACGCUGGGACAGAACAAAGUGGGAAGUGCAGGAGUGCGGCAUUUAGCUGCCGCGUUCGCUACAGGCCACGUAGCGCUGUCAACGUUAGAGCUCGGAAAGAACGGUGUGGAUCAGGAGGGCGCUAUUGCACUAGCACGCUCUCUGUGCGGUGCGAAUCGUCUGCAAAACUUGUACAUGGAUCACAAUCCACUGGGAGACGUGGGUGCCAGUGCGUUCGGAGCGCUACUCGCCCAAAAUACAGAGCUUCGUGUACUCGACUUGAGCUACACGCACAUGUCGUUGCUGGGCCUGCGAGAGCUCAGUGUCGUGGGGCUGGCACGUAGUCGUGUGUUGCUGUGUCUGCUCGUGGAUGGUCACGAUUGGGCGAGCACUCAAUACAUGAAAAAGAACCAGCAUCCGAGUCUAAAUGGUGCAUCAUUAGCCACCAAGGGCGCCAACAACUACGCUGCGUCCUGUAUUGCCGGUGCAAUCAACGCAAAUGCUCACUCGGUGCUGUUCAAGCUGACAGGUGUGGAUCUAAGUCUCGUGGUUGUAGUACCAGCAUCUUCCGGGUCCAGUGACGGCAGAAGAGAAUCGGAUACGCUCUCCAGGAAUGAAUUGGUGUUGAAGAGUUUGCACGAUGCGCGUGCUGCAGCACAUAACGCAGCCGCUGCAGCAGGUAUUCCCAUAAGCCACAAACGAAAGCCCACAGAGGACGCAGGGAACGCAUCAGCAGAUAAGACGAGGACGACAGGUGGAGCGGAUUUAGGGGCAGAUAGCGAUGCUGGUGAAACCUUGUCGACUGUGGUACAACACCCUAAGUUCCAGAAGCUUGAGGGCAAUCUCAAAGCCGGCUCGUCAUCUGGUAGUAUUAGUAGUGCGAACGGAGGUGGAAGUGGCGGCGGUUCGCGUUCAGGAAGUGCCAAUGCGCUGCUCGGAUUGCUGCCCCCUCCUCACAACGGGCCUGGCAAUGGUGCGUCCAGUUUGGCAGGUGGCAAUGGAGCCAGCUCUCCAUCCAAGACGACUAGCAACCGGCCGCCGCGUGUUAUCCGAAUCCCGUCGCGUGGAUCGAUGGGUCGCUUCCCGCGAUCGGGUGGGUCUUGCGAGAAACGAUUGUCACUCAAGAGUCCACGGUACGAGAGUACGAUGGAGGUUCAUGUCCGUAAGGUUAUAUCAGACAUCGCUAAGUUGCCAUUCAACGCUGACGAGUACGAAACGCUGCAGACAUAUUAUCUGGGAGGCCGGUGCUGUACCGGGCCCAAUGGAUGCAGCAGCGACUGGGGCGUUGACGGUGUGACGGGCGAGCCCACGCCUUGUCCUGCUUGUCGAUCGAGUCGCUUGGCGCGGUAUAGCCGCACGAUGGCCUUCAAAACACGACUCGAAACCUCGCGGCAAGCGACGGACACAGUGUUGUUGGUGCUGCUACGCCAGCUUCACUACCUCGUGGGCGCCUUCCAGAAUGUGGAAAAUGCUGCACAGACUAUUGACGACAUCCUCGUAUCUGUUCACGAGGAGAUAGACGAGCCGCUGCCUUCGCAAACGACAGCCAGCCAGCAUGAUAACAGCGACCACGACGACGACGAUGACCUGUGGCUCCUCCAAGCGCUUGCUAAAAUAGAGGAGGCGGCAAAUAGCACUCAAGGAGCCUAUACCACGGCUAUUGAGCACAGAGACCCCCCAGCCACCUUAUGUCACGGUGUACAGUUAGAUGGUGGAUUAACGAUGCUGGCUGACUGCCUGCAGAAGGUCUACUCACUCCAGACGCUCCGGACCACGUCCAAGCAAGCGGGACCUGCGACCAAGACAGUGACGUUCCAAGUGGGAUGGACUCCUCCGUUGGAAACGGAGCCCGUGGAGAUCCUCGAAGAAGAAGAGGAAGUGCGCGCUGAGAGAGCUGCUGACGGCGGCACGCCGCAGAUACUUCAAGGAAGGGAGCGCCAGGGAGAUGGCGGGGAACGUGGCACGCCGCAGCGAGCUGAUCCCGAGACGGGAAGGCACGAGACACGAGCGGUACACGUGGAAGACGAGCACAUGUUCGACGUGGUGUCUCCGUCUCCGGGAACGAGAAGGACGGUUGAAUCUGUGUCUGGAACGCCUCAGGGUGGACAGAUGUCUAACACAGUCCUUGAGCAGUGGGCACGCCAACCGGCGCCCAGCGAAGGAACGACGCCUGCAAGGACGACGACGGGUACGCUCUUUGACGCUUCGGUGAUGGACUCGGGAGGUCGCCGCGAGGUGGGGUUCGCCUUGGAUUGGACGUGUCCAUCCUUGCAACCGAUGAACAGCUCUAGAAGAGACGUGCCCCUGGUCACGUCAGCGUACGGACAACCCAACAACAGCGUGCCGGGCCAACAAGGAAGCAGAAGUGCUCCAGGUGUUGUUGCUAGAACAUCUAUGCGAGCGUACGUACCUGGUGGAAGUCGAGGAGCGACGCCUGUUCAAUCGAUGAGAACGCCGACGAGAGGAAGUGGAACGCCGACGACGGACCCAGCCUUACAGGCUCGCAUCAUGGACGGUCUCACCCAAUUGCUACAGAGGGCUGGAGUGACGAAUGGAACGCCGGUGCCGUCUCCAAGACCUCGCGCUACAGGACACGCGCCACGUACCGUGCCGACGCCGACCCGACCAGUGACGUCUUCAAUGAUGGGGUACCAAGGACCUAUGACCCCGAGGAUGAGGAAUCAAACGCCGGUUUCGACACCUAGCCGAAUGUCGAUGGCUGCUAUUCCUUCGUAUGGAGGUGUGUCAAUUCCAACGGCUGGUUCCACGUGA